CGUGCGUCCAGCCCUUCAGUUAGGCCAGACUUCGCUUGGGCCACACCCACCCUCCUAGAGUUCAGUCCUGAGUGUCUAUAGCUCUAGCUUAGCCAGUAUUCCCCAUCAUCCCACAAUCCACUCUAGGCCCUCCAGCAUUUCCUAGAUGCUCCUCUAGGCCACACCUCCACCCCUAGUGCCUCUCCUGCCAAAGUUGAGGAAGGGAUGUUAAUUACUGCCUUUUUAUGCAUAAUCCCUGAUAACUCCUGCAAUUGGAAUUAGGAGACAGUAGCUCUGCUCUUAGGUCUGCCCUUAUCUCCCGUAUCUUGCUGGUGACUCAGAAAAUGGGAUGACUGGGUAAUAUCUGGAGGAACCAUCCAGGCCCAGCUCGGACACGCUGACCACUGUAGAAUCCAGCUCCGGUGAGCCAGACAAGGAGGUGGCAUCUCCAGAUGGGGCAGCUCCAGCCACUUUUUCUUCUGUGGAGGAGCCCAGCCCUAACCCAACAGCCAUGCCACCAGCAUGGGACCAUGGAGGACCUCUGCAGCAAGUUGCCUAUCCAGCCUCAGACAGUGGCCAGACUGGCUCAACCAACACAGGCGUGGGGACCAAUGAGGACCUUCGGUUGCCCAGACGCCGUCCACCGCCAGGGAAACAAAUACCCUGCUCUAGCCCUGGCUGCUGCCUCAGUUUCCCCAGUGUUCGUGAUCUAGCACAGCAUCUCCGUACCCACUGCCCACCCACACAGUCACUGGAAGGCAAACUCUUCCGAUGCUCCGCGCUGAGCUGCACUGAGAGUUUCCCCAGCAUGCAGGAGCUGGUAGCUCACGGCAAGCUGCACUACAAGCCCAACCGCUACUUCAAGUGUGAGAAUUGCCUCCUGCGCUUCCGCACUCACCGUUCACUCUUCAAGCAUCUGCAUGUUUGUAUAGACCAUGGUCAGAACCCAGCCCCGCCACCACCCCCUGCCCUGGACAAAGAGCCACCUGUACCCGAGCGUCCCCCAGAGUCCGACACUUCGUCUUCCCUGGGCCUGCCAUUCCCACUACUUGAGCCUUUCACCUCUGCCCCCACUGGGCCCUUCCUUCCAUACUUGAACCCUGCACCCUUUGGCCUGAGUCCCCCUCGACUGCGCCCAUUCCUGGCUGCCACCCCAGGGCCGCCAGCAUCCAGCACUGCCAUCUGGAAGAAGAGUCAAGGUGCUACCAGUAGUCCCAGAAGACCUCAGGGUGGCUCUGAUGCGCCCUCAGGUGCGUGCAGGUGACCACCAGGGCAGGGUGGAGGGGCCUUCAUUCCUAUGCCCUGUGCGGGCCUUGUGAAUGCUGGAAAGCAGCAGUGCCUGUCCCUUAAAAUACAUGACUUUUACCUUUAAAA